AUGACCAAAUUCGACAAGAAACAUACGACAGAGGAUGGCGCUAGACUGGAUCAGCUCAUUUCAGAGAGGAGCAAACUCAUAACAGAACUCUACUGUCUGUCUAGAAUACAAGACUUCGUACAAAUCACUAAUGAGAAAGCGCUCACCACACAAAUUAAUGAGUUUCUGGAUGUUCACGACAUACGCAAAGGUUACAGGUUCGAUCGCAAUACGCUGCCGAAGUUUUCACAAAUCGAUCCUCCGUCCGAGAAAAAGCUUUUAAAGAGCAGAAGUAGUACGCCCGUUGAAAACUUCAAGCGAGAUAAAGAACAAGCGAAGUAUGACAAGGAAGAUCAGAAGAAAGCAGCUGAGGAGCAAAAGAAGGCUAGCAGGGAAGCCAGAGAGAAGACUGAUCGUGACCAACUAAGUAAGGAUGAUCACUCGCCGCACAAAUUAAAUGAAGAAGAAGCCGAAGACGUUGAAAAGGCGUCCGUUGCAACAGAAGAUAGAAAACGACUAAGAGAAGAUAACAUACCGCAGGCUACAGAGUACCAACAGCCGGAUAAUACUGUUCAAGAGCCAGGCGCUACUGAAACAGUGCAUGAAGUUCAGAGUGGUACAAAACGCCAGAAAAUUAGCAGCUCCUUGAGAGGACGAACCGUGGAGCACAAGGAGUCCGAGAUCAAACGAACCAAUCACUUGAUUCGUGAAUUCAUGCACAAGCAGCCACAGAACAAAACUCUUUUUCACGAGGGAAACAUCAAUGCCAAGGAGAGUGUUUAUCUUAUUAUGAAUGACACCAUUCCAUCACUGAUACCACAGGCUGUUCCUUUAUCGGAACUCAAAUUCAAUUCCCAAACGCUGCCUCUCGUCAAGCUUAUCCCCACGGCACAUAAAGCACUGACUUCUGAAAUUAUGAAUACCGCUUUAAACGAAUGCAGAAUUGCCGUAGUGAGCUCUAGGAUCGAAGAGCUUCGAAGACAGGGUUUGUGGUCUUUGAGGCAGCCCAAAAAAUUUUUAGACCCUUGGGAAAAAACUAAAGACAUUGAAUCACAUCGAGGUCAUCUAUUAAGAGAGGCAAAGUGGAUGUACUACGACUUUCAUGAACAUACCAAAUAUAAAAGGGCUGUUUGCCUGACCAUCGCGCAGGGCGUUAUGGAUUUUUGGACCUACGGUAGGGUGUGUUGUGUGAAGAAGGCUCCAAUUAAGCACCUAGGACCCAUCUUAAGCGAAACGGAAAAUGAAAAAGAACUCUCACAGUCUUCUGAGCACAGAAUUGAGCAAGAAAGCUCCGAAUCAGAGAAGGCGUCAACAGACGAACGCAAUUUUAAUCUUACUGCUGACACGACCGAGAUUGCAGACACUGCGAAUACAAUUGACAUCGCUUUGCUUUUAAAGAGGCCAGAUCCACUUGAUGAGAUCAAGGCUCUCGAACUCCCUCAUACCGAUGAAAACUUAUAUGCGAGGGAAAAGAGAACGAAAUCGCCAUUCAAACUUCAUGUUUCUAUGGACGAAUUCAACUUUGUCGAAAAGAAAGUCAUUGAUAAUUUACGCCCUGUUUUAGGUGUGUCUGAAGCAGACGACGAGAAAACUCCCGUAGACCGCCUUCCGUUUGAACCAAUUUCUAAGGCGACCGUUUUGCUGGACGAGGAAUGCUUCUCAAAAUUGGUCGAAAGACAAAUCAUAGAUGAGGAGCCAUCGCUGGUACCCUUCAGCAAGAGACGUGGAAUGUUCUACGGCAAUCGACGCAGCCAUUAUUUGCGACCUCCUAUUGCGCCAUCUUUGAGAUAUUUGAAAUAUAGAACUCCAACGAUUUGGCUGCCACAGGAUGAUCAAGAACUAGUAAGAAACAUUAAUACCUACGCUUACAAUUGGGACCUGAUAAGCGCGCACAUGUCAUCAAGACCUACCAGGUCCUAUUGUUCGAAUAUUGAAAGGCGCACACCCUGGCAGUGUUUUGAACGUUUCAUCCAGCUCAAUGAAAAGUUUCAAUUCAUUGACAUGAAAGGACCCCGGGCACAUAAUGCACAAAUUUGGCUGAUAGAGGCCCAUAAAUUACAACAGCAGCAGAAAAGGCGUAUUUCUCCGCUUGGGAUUGGUGAAGAAUCCAUACAGAGAGGACACAGGCGCUUGCGUUGGGCUAGUAUGUUUGAGGCCAUGAGAAAGUGCAUCAAAAAACGUGAAAAUGCUCCGAGACCAAACCCUACUCAGCCACGAAAGCCUCUUGACUGCAAGAAUACGACUGUGCCAACACCUGCUGAAAUGUCACAACUGAAAGCGCAGCGGGAUGAUGCUCUUCGUAGGGAUAUCCAAAUUAGAAGAAUCGCAAAGCAGAAACUACAAGCAGCUGCUUUGAGUCAAGGUUUCUCCAGUGGUGGUAACACAAGAGCUCUACCACAUAGCUCUCCUCCAUCCGGUCAACGCAGAGUUAUCAAUAAUGGGACGGUAUUACCUCGUGGAGCUUCUGCAGAGAGCGGCAUGAAGGUUACUACACAAACUCCAAAACAGACUCAAAUGAAGCAGUAUCCGAGGUCUUCAGACAGUCAGCUCAAAGGAAUGCCUAACGAACAGCAACGUCAACAGAAAGCGCCGACCAGCACUGGAGGCAAAUUCAGUAACGAAUCAAAUGGUGAAAAGAUUCAUUCCCCGACUCCCCAGGAAAUACUUCAAAUACUUCAACGGAAAUAA